AGCGCUGCAGUCAGUGAUACGUGGUGUCAGCAGAUUUGUCACACACCGGCCGCCGUACGCCGAGCUGAUGUGGGGAGAAUCGUGUGCGUGGAGGAGGACCGGCUGCUGCUCACACUCAGUCCCGGCCCCCUGAAUCGGCAACAGCUGGAGAUCUAGGAGGAAGGCCGAGGCAGGGACCUGUACCUCUGAUGCUGGUUCGUUUCAUACUUGAACUUGAUUGGUCCUUGGACUGGGGCCUCCGUGACGUGGGAAGCCAUUGGCUUAGGACACUUCAGGAGUGCGUUCUGUCUGGAAAUCGGAGGCUCCAUGAUCUGAACACACACUCCAGACAGCAAGAGGAAGUGACCGGCACACCAGAGCCCUGCAAUUAGAUGGCUUCUGCGCUGAAUCUGAAGUCGGAGAGGCUGAUGCUGAUAGAGGACGGGAUUCCCCCACCCAAAAAACCCAGCCCUAAUUUGCCUUGUGCUUCCGUGACCGCCCAGCCUCGCCCUCCUCAUCAGGCAAUACAUAGUGCCCUGGCACACUCCUAUUCGCCCUGGCAGUUUGAGCAAUCUCCGCAGCAGCAUUCACCUGGCAUCGGAGGAGUCAAACAACUGGAUCUUGUGUUUUCCAGAAAGCUCUUACCAAGCCUAAAAACCAAAAAACCCCAGGAACUGGUAUUAGUCAUCGGAACAGGAAUCAGCGCGGCCGUAGCGCCCCAGGUCCCUGCACUGAAGUCUUGGAAAGGGCUAAUCCAGGCCCUGCUCGAUGCUGCUAAUGAUUUUGACCUCCUAGAAGAAGAAGAGAGCAAAAAAUUCCAGAAAUGUCUCCAUGAGGACAAGAAUCUCAUUCAUGUGGCCCAUGACCUCAUCCAGAAGCUGUCUCCGCGGACAAGUAAUGUGCGCUCCACCUUCUUCAAGGACUGUUUAUAUGAAGUAUUUGAUGACCUCGAGUCAAAGAUGGAAGACUCAGGGAAGCAGUUACUGCAGUCCGUGUUGCAGCUAAUGGAAAAUGGUGCCUUGGUCCUGACAACCAAUUUCGACAAUUUGCUGGAGAUCUACGCCUUUCAUCAGGGAAAACAGCUGGAGUCCAUAGACCUCACAGAUGAAAAGAAGGUACUAGAAUGGGCUCAGGAGAAGAAGAAACUAAGUGUCCUACACAUCCACGGGGUGUACACCAACCCCAGCGGGAUCGUCCUUCACCCGGCCGGAUACCAGAACGUUCUGAGGAACACGGAGGUCAUGAGGGAAAUCCAGAAGCUGUAUGAGACCAAGUCCUUCCUGUUCCUGGGCUGCGGCCGCACCGUGGACGAUACAACGUUCCAGGCGCUGUUUCUGGAGGCGGUGAAACAUAAGUCAGACUUGGAACAUUUCAUGUUGGUUCGUAAGGAGGAUGUGGAUGAGUUCAAGAAGCUGCGGGAGAACAUGUUGGACAAGGGCAUUAAGGUCAUCUCCUAUGGCACGGAGUACACUGAUUUACCCGAGUACUUUGAGAGACUGGCGAACGAAAUCUCCACCAAAGGACGUACAGGGAUGAGCAGACAUCUCCCUCAGAGAAAUGGCCCAAGCCUUGCAAAUUGUCAGAAUAAAGGUUACAGCACAUGAUCCAGCCCUCAUGUAUGAAGGACAGCGGCUGUGGCUGCAGCGGGAGAGCAUUGGGUGAAGAUGUGGACCACUGGUGAAUUCUGUAAGGCUGUGCGUGGUGGUGGCAGUCUUGGACGAUGGCUUCGUAGCUCCUUUCGUGGCGUUCAGUUCUCGCCUUUGUGUUUUACACUCACGCACAUGUUUUUAGGCUUUGUGUAGUUAAACAUUUGACAUAACAGUAGCUACGGCUGCAGAUUUCUCAACCCAGGACCAUUGUGGCUGGUUCAUAAACUUACGCUAUAGUCAUGACAACAUACAUUCAGGCCCCCCCUCCUUCCCGUGUCUGACACACACUGAUGGGGCCUUAAUGGCAUGGGGAUAUUUUUCAGAAUAUUUAUUAAGCGAUUCCUUCUCCAGACCCUAACUCUGUCCACAUACACUACAACGUUUAUGCACUUUAGAUGCAAGUCCCACUAAGGAGGCUGAAAGUCCCAGUGUUCAGUCAUUCAUGAUGCUCACCAGGGAGGGGUCAGAUAUUGGUUUGUAACUGACCCUUGUGAGCAUUUAUCAUCCAAUGACACCAUUAAUCUCCCACGCCUAUUUAUCUUUACCACCAUGGAUUUAUAACCAAGCUUGAAAUCUCCUGGAGCAUUUAAUAUUGCCGUAUUCCGCAUCAUUGGCCUAGCAUGGUCUCAGCGAUCUGUUACUAAGAACCGCGAACCUGCCACCUUCUCCAGGAAGAGGUGGUGUCAGAUGUACAGAUGGAGACACCCUCAAUCUUGGCUUCUCUGCUGCUCCUAGGUGCACCAAGGAUUAUUAGCAUAAACCCUUCAUCUAUUGUUCUCAGAUGCAAUACAAUACAGAAAGAAUAAUACAUCAGGGGAUAAAGUCUGAAUGCCCUGGUUCAAUUAAUCCUAUUGAAGGCCAAGAUGAAAAAGGCUCCAUCCGUAGAUCUGUACCUGGUCAUCUAAUAAUAACAUUAUAUAAGAGACCUGCCAAUCACACAGCUGCUUCCAUAAGGCUUCCCUGCCCAAGAGAUGAAAGGUGAUAUCUGAUUGGCUAAGGUGCAUGAUGCAGGCAAAGCUUUAUUGUAAAUCUAACAGCACCACUGGGACACUCCUUUUACACAAGGCCUUUCUGGGGGGGGGGUCCCCUACUUUUCAAAACCAUACUGUAUUUUCCUGCAUAAGAAAUAAAAGCUUUGUAAUAAACAAA